AUGCCGGCGGCGGCCGGGGACGGGCUGCUGGGCGAGCCGGCGGCGCCCGGGGGCGGCGGCGGCGCCGAGGACGCGGCCAGGCCGGCGGCGGCCUGCGAGGGAAGUUUCCUGCCGGCCUGGGUGAGCGGCGUGCCCCGCGAGCGGCUCCGCGACUUCCAGCACCACAAGCGAGUGGGCAACUACCUCAUCGGCAGCAGGAAGCUGGGCGAGGGCUCCUUCGCCAAGGUGCGCGAGGGGCUGCACGUGCUGACCGGAGAGAAGGUGGCCAUAAAAGUCAUCGACAAGAAGAGAGCCAAAAAGGACACUUAUGUCACCAAGAACCUUCGGCGAGAGGGGCAGAUUCAGCAGAUGAUCCGCCACCCCAACAUCACCCAGCUCCUUGAUAUCUUAGAGACGGAGAAUAGCUAUUACCUGGUCAUGGAGCUAUGUCCCGGGGGCAACCUGAUGCACAAGAUCUAUGAGAAGAAGCGGCUGGAGGAGUCUGAAGCCCGCAGAUACAUCAGGCAGCUCAUCUCUGCCGUGGAGCACCUGCACCGGGCUGGGGUGGUCCACAGGGACUUGAAGAUAGAAAAUUUGCUACUAGAUGAAGACAAUAACAUCAAGCUGAUUGACUUUGGUUUGAGCAACUGCGCGGGGAUCCUGGGCCACUCCGACCCGUUCAGCACACAGUGUGGCAGCCCAGCCUACGCCGCACCUGAACUUCUCGCCAGGAAGAAAUAUGGCCCCAAAAUUGAUGUCUGGUCCAUAGGUGUGAACAUGUAUGCCAUGUUGACUGGGACCCUGCCUUUCACGGUGGAGCCUUUUAGCCUGAGGGCUUUGUACCAGAAGAUGGUGGACAAGGAAAUGAACCCCCUCCCCACCCAGCUCUCCACAGGUGCCAUCAACUUCCUGCGCUCUCUCCUGGAACCAGAUCCUGUGAAGAGGCCCAAUAUUCAGCAAGCACUGGCGAAUCGCUGGCUUAAUGAGAAUUACACGGGCAAAGUGCCAUGUAAUGUCACCUAUCCCAACAGGAUUUCCCUGGAGGACCUGAGCCCAAGUGUGGUGCUUCACAUGACGGAGAAGCUGGGCUACAAGAACAGUGACGUGAUCAACACUGUGCUCUCCAACCGCGCCUGCCACAUCCUCGCCAUCUACUUCCUCUUAAACAAGAAACUCGAGCGCUAUUUGUCAGGGAAAUCUGACAUCCAGGACAGCAUUUGCUACAAGACCCAGCUCUACCAGAUAGAAAAGUGCAGGCCCACCAAGGAGCCCUACGAGGCCUCCCUGGACACCUGGACAAGAGACCUUGACUUCCAUGCUGUGCAGGAUGAAAAGCCCAAAGAACAAGAAAAAAGAGGAGAUUUUCUUCAUCGGCCAUUUUCCAAGAAGUUGGACAAGAACGUGCCCUCGCACAAACAGCCCUCUGCCUCUCUCAUCUCACAGAUUCAGAACACUAAAGCUCUGCUGAAGGACCGGAAGGCCCCCAAGUCCGGCUUCCCCGACAAAGAUUCCUUCGGCUGCCGCAAUAUUUUCCGCAAAACCUCAGACUCCAGUUGUGUGGCUUCUUCUUCCAUGGAGUUCAUCCCCGUCCCGCCCCCCCGGACCCCCAGGAUUGUCAAGAGACCGGAGCCCCCUCAGCAGGGCUCUGGGGGCCCCGGCAUCCCCCCCAAGGAAGACCCCCUGGUGCUGGAUAUGGUACGCUCCUUUGCGUCCGUGGAUCGCGAGGACCACCCCGAACCGCUGUCCCCGUCUCAUCACUAUAGGGCUCUAGGCUCACCCGGGGGCUUGGCCCGCGGGAAUCCCGGCGAGCGGACGCUCUCCCCGGCCCUGCUGCCCGGAAGCCUGUCCCCUCUGCAAACUCCUUUGCAUCCCACUCUGGUCUCCUUUGCUCACGAAGAAAAGAACAGCCCCCCAAAGGAAGAGGGCGUGUGUUCCCCAUCUCCGGCUCCCAGUAAUGGCACCACGCAGCCCCUGGGGAGCCCAAACUGCGUGAAAAGCCGGGGCAGGUUCCCCAUGAUGGGCAUCGGACAGAUGUUGCGGAAACGCCAGCAGAGCCUGCAGCCCUCCGCAGACAGGCCCCUGGAGGCCAGCCUGCCCCCGCUGCAGCCCAUGGCCCCCGUGAGCCUCUCCUUCGACGUGCCGGACGGGCUCAAGGGCCAGUGCUGA